GUUUUACUGUUACAUCGUAGUCGAAGGUUUUAGAUAGUUUUAACGUUUGUUUGUUUCCUUGUUGUUUCUUUUUCAGAAGUGGAAGCACCCACUGAUCAUUUUUUGAGAAAUGAGACGAAGAACACUCGCUAAUUUCUCUAAUGCCACCAGACAGUCUCUGAUCCCUUUCUCUACUUCUAGCGGCGGUGGUGGUCGAGGCCGUGGUCGCGGUUUUGGUGGCCCACAGUUUGAUUUCACUGCUCCGGGUAAGCCAGGACCCGAGGUAUCCGAAUCCGAGUCCGUGUCAGUGUCCAAACACGACACUUCACUUCCCGGACACGGACACGGUCGUGGUAGACCCCUCCCUUCUUCCCCAACUCUCCCCGGCUUCAAUUCCUUCGUUUCCUCCAUCAAACCACCACCCGCCGCCGCCGGUCGCGGCCGUGUCGCUGACUCUCCACCGCCUCCAGAUUCGGGUCCUAAGCAACCCAUCUUCUUCAAGAGACAAGAUGGUGUCGGACACGGGAAUGAACAAGGACACGUGUCGGACACGGCCGAGAGUGUCCAUGAACGGAAUGUCAAUUUCAAUCUCCCUCAGAGCAUUGUCUCUGUAUUGACUGGCAGCGGUCGCGGAAAACCCAUGAAGCAGCCGGUCCAGGAGGAGCCCCCUAUCGUCCAGGAGAACCGGCAUGCCGGGGCCAAACCUCAACCCCAACCCCAAGCUCAGUCCCAGCCCAGGAUGACCAGAGAAGAAGCUGUGCAAAAUGCAGUGAAGAUUCUAUCCCGUCGUGGCGCUGGUGGCGGUGAGGAUGAUGGUGAGGAGAGCAGUGGAGGCAGAGGAAGAGGGAGAGGCAGAGGUAGAGGUAGAGGGAGAGGAUGGGCUAGAGGGAGGGGAGGAAGAGGAUUUGAUAGGCGGCGGGAUAGAGAUUCGGAAGAUGGGUUUGGUGCAGGAUUGUAUUUGGGAGACAAUGCUGAUGGAGAGAAGCUUGCUAAAAGGCUUGGACUUGAGACAAUGAACCAGUUAAAUGAAGCUUUUGAGGAAAUGAGUUCUAGAGUGCUGCCCUCGCCGUUGGAGGAUGCAAUUUUGGAUAGCAUGGAUGUCAAUUAUGCGAUUGAAUGUGAACCUGAGUAUUUGAUGGGGGAGUUUGAUCGGAAUCCGGAUAUUGAUGAGAAACCGCCAAUGCCACUUCGUGAUGCACUUGAGAAGAUGAAGCCGUUUUUGAUGGUAUAUGAGGGGAUUGAGAGUCAAGAGGAGUGGGAGGAAAUCAUGAAAGAGACAAUGGAGAGAGUUCCUUUGAUGAAAGAGAUUGUCGAUUACUACAGUGGACCAGAUAGGGUAACUGCAAAGCAACAACAAGAAGAAUUAGAAAGGGUUGCAAAAACAGUUCCUGUCAGUGCACCUAAGUCUGUAAAGCAGUUUGCUGACCGUGCGGUUCUAUCUCUUCAGAGCAACCCUGGCUGGGGAUUUGACAAGAAAUGCCAGUUCAUGGACAAAUUAGUGAGGGAGGUUUCCCAGCAAUACACAUAAGCUCUGAAAACACAUUUUGCCAUUUUUAUACCCUGUUUCAAGCUGCUCGAUGGUUAAGAUCAUUCUUAGAAGUGAAUUGGUAGGUGAGGUCAACCAUCCUCGUCAUGCUUUGACAAACAGUUUUUAUUAUGGUAAUAAUUUUAAUACCUUGUUUUAAGGAUUUUGCUCUGUAGCUUUUCUACUGUCUUUAGCAAUUGUUGCUCAAGUUAAUUUCGGGGAUUACAUUAUUCUUGUAAUAAUUUUGCUAUGUAUGCAUUACGGCGUCUGAUCCGCCAACCAUAUUGAAGCAGCGUGUUCACAUUAAGUUUUAACUCAAGAAGCUUUUGCAAGUUUAUGUUUUA